CUCCAGUCUGCGCUGUGUUGUGUUAGAGUUUGUAUCUCGGCAGAUUAAGUAGUCUAGCCUGUUUUUUUCUCUUUGGGUUAUAAGAAAAGAUCGUACGCUUUUCAUUUAAUCGCGUAUUCUGGAUGUACCUACUAAUGGAGUGAGCGCGGAUCAUCCGAGCCCGUUAUCCCGGACAGAGACCCGCUUUGUUCGGCCAGUAAUAGACGAAUCACGUCUGCUAUCGAAAUGAACGACACGGAGAAAGAUAACAAGUCUGAUGAAGACUCGGAAUCUCUGGAGGCAGAGGAGGUUGAUCCGAGGAUUCAGGGUGAACUGGAGAAACUGAAUCAGUCUACAGAUAACAUCAACCGAUGGGAGACAGAACUGGAGGAUUCCCGACAGAAGUUUCGUGCCAUCCUAGCGGAGGCCACGGUCAAGCUGGAGGAGCAGGUCAAGAAGAUCGGUAAAGCUGUAGAAGAGUCCAAACCGUACUGGGAGGCCAGAAGAGCGGCGCGUCAGGCUCAGGUUGAAGCUCAGAGAGCCACACAGGAGUAUCAGCGGGCCAUCGAGAUCCUGCGGGCCGCGAAGGAAACCAUUGCUUUGGCCGAGGAGCGACUCCUGGAGGAGGACAGUCGGCAGUUUGAUUCUGCCUGGCAGGAGAUGCUCAACCACGCCACCCAGAGGGUGAUGGAGGCGGAGCAAAGCAGGACACGCAGUGAAGUCCAGCACAGAGAGACAGCGGCCAAAUACAACGCCUCCAUCAGCAACAUGAGACAGCUGGAGAAAAAACUCAAACGCACCAUCAACAAGUCCAGGCCGUACUUUGAAUUAAAGGCGAAGUAUUCCCUACAGCUCGAGCAACUGAAGCGACGAGUUGACGAGCGUCAGACUAAACUCACCCAGGCCAAAGCUGAGUAUCGGGCCGCUCUUCGAAACCUGGAGACCAUCUCAGAUGAGAUCCACGCACGGCGCCGACUGUCUGCCAUGGGGCCCCGGGGCCGAGGGGUGGGGGCCGAAGAUGACGGGACUGUCACAGAUGACAUCGCAAACUUCAAAAUGGAGUCUGACGGCAUAUCGAUGAUGUCUAUGAAUUUGGAGGACAGCUGUAACGGUUCACCAUCAGAGGACGAUCCUGAGACACGCUCCACCUGCAGCAUGAGCUCCACAUCUGCUCCUCUUGACCUGCCCUGUCCGUACACCUCCUCUUCCUCCUCCUCCUCCUCCUCCUCCUCGUAUCCUCUGCUCUCUUCCUCCUGCCCGUACCCUUCCUCUUCCUCUUCCUCCUCGUCCCCGCUGUCCCUCUCUGUCUGCCCUGACCGGCUCCAGCUGCCGGGCUCGGGGUCUCUGGAGGGUUUCGAGCAGGUGUCUCCGGUGUUGGGCCCUCGUAGUGAGUGCAGCGGGGCCUCGUCACCCGACUGUGAACAGGAAAGAGGUGAGAGGGCAGAAGGAGCAGAAGUUAAACCUGGACCCUCAAACAACAUCAGCAGCCACAGAAGCUCCCGUCUGGAGAAGAGCCUGCGCAGUUUAUCUCUCGACAACGACACAGACGCUCAUCCAUUCAGUGUGACCUCAAACACAGCAGCAGUGCUGCUUCUCAACAGUGUUUAAACUCAGAAACCAGCACCUGCUCCAGCACAGGGAAGACAGUAUGAUGCGUCAAAGGAACCAUUAUGAACUAUUCUCAUCCUAGUGUUAAAGAGAGCUCGUCUCAGACUGGGCUGAACCCAGAAAAACCAUGAAGUAUUCGUCAUGCAGACAUCAGCUAUGACGUGAACUUUUCAUCAUCACUGAGUGGAUGUUCUUCAUGUCUUCCUCAAAUGUGUUCUUCGUGUUUCCUCUCGUUUUCCACUCCACAGGUCAUAACGUAAAGAGGGACUCACGUAGUUCAAAGCUAUAUAUUUAUACUCAACGUUUAUCUCACUAUCAUGAUGUUAUUGAUGUGUUUUCAUGCAAGGAAGUACUUAUUUGUGCAAUAAACAGAUGCUUGCAGCA